UCCUUCCCUCUCUUUACUCCAGUUCUUAAUACAGUCACAGGCUCUGCAGUAAGAAAGACACAAGUUCAGGAUCUGCACACUUGUCAGAAGAGGACAGAAGUGGCCAGGAAGGAGAGGGGCACCAGCUGCUUUAAUUGGACAUUUGGAUUUUAUUUGCUACGCUCCAGAGGACCCACCUAUGUAGACUUAUUUGGAGCACCUUUAACUUGGUGGUUCAUUGCAAAACUACUCAGCUAGAUGUUUUAUUUAAGGUUUAACUACUUUUUCAAGCCUUACAGCAGAAAAUCGAAGAUUUAUUCACACAAAGCAAAUAUAAGGAUUAUUAUUUUCACUUAGAGCUAAAUUUAACUUCUUCGAUACCUAAUAUAGUCAGAGGGGGAUUAUUUUGAAGUGGCCUUGGCACCCUCUUGAGUGCUUUAGUUAUAUUAUACUCUCUGUCAGUCUAAUACAUACACAGCAGCAAUUGAGGGUGUAACAGGCAAUUAACUUAGAUAAACGAUCAAUACACUGGGCUGUAUAAAUUGUAUAAAGCUCUGCAACUUAUAAUUUGAUGCCUUAUAUAUUUCGAGGCUGUUUCUGUAUGUUUGGUGCUGUUACUGUUUCACUGACACUAAAAUAAGUUAAAUUAAUAACUAGCUAAGUUUUAUUUGAAGCACUUUAAUGUAACCUUUAUUAACUUUUUUUUAAAUCUGUGGUAUAUUAUACUUUAUUCUGUUUAUUUUUUUUUUGCUCUUUUUUUUUGCUAUUUUUUUUAGAGUUAAAAAAGCAAAACAAAGCAAAACUAAAAACAUGCUCCUCACUUCGCCUCAUUGCCACACUGGUGCUUUAACAUGGCUGGGCCUGCUCCUCCUCGCUGCGACCGCGGGCUGUCGUGAACACACCCCGCCGCUUCAGGAGCCCCCGAGCCCAGCUCCUUCCCCGAGAUUCUCCUCCGCCGCCGUGGAAUACGUUGACCUGGGGCUCGGCUACGUGGAGUCCGUGGUUGGCACCCAAGUCCUAAAGACAUGCGGUGAGAAAGCUGUAGGGUACCUUGAAUCAGUGUUUGGGACAGACAACAUCAAUGCUAUUGCCAUGUUUAUGGAGAUGGUGCUCAGGUUCGUGGCAGAAGGCACGGCCAGUGGACUGAAUGUCAUCGCUGUUUACGUGUCUGAGAUUCUUCGUGCGACCGGGUUCGGAGAUCCGGUGUCUAUCCCACACUUCACUCCUGAGGGCGUGUCCUCUGUGGUCAAGUAUGCACUGCUGGGAGUGAUCGGUUACUGGCUGGUGUGUGCUGUGCUGCGUGCUAGCAUUGGGCUGCUGAGGAGGGUCUUCUGGCUCCUGAAGAGCUUAAUAGUCAUCUGGCUCUUCCUCCGGAUCAUUAGCGACCCGUCUGCUGCACCCGACACCACAGCAGUACGGGUGUCAUUGCUGGUUAUUAUCUGUGCUUUGGUGAGUGUGGCUGCCGGGGGCACUAGUGGAACAAACUCAGGCUGCCUGGAGGAACGACUGAGCACCCUGGAGGGAAGAGUCCAAACGAUGGAGAAGUGUAAAACCGAGUGAUGAACAACCCUGGGGUGAUAGAUGCUUGGAGAAGAUGGAGGAGUGGAGAAGAUCUGAACAAUCGAACUUUAUGUACUGCAGUAAAACAGUGUUCUGAUCUGUUACUGAGAGCAAAACUUCUGUUUUGGAUCUCUAAAAGUUCGCCUUGUAGUUUUAGUAGAAGAUUUUUUUCCAUUGUUGGUCACAAAUUAAUAGUUUUCCUAAAAAGGUAGUAGUGGUACUCCUAAAAGUAGUCAAUCAGCCACGUCAUGUUUGAUGCUUGAAGUUUGCUUCUUAAGUUUUGCACUGAAGCUAUAAGGCUAAUAUAGGCUUCUAUAGGCUUAUAAUUUACCAGUUAGCAUCAUUUAACCAGUGUUUGUUAACCCUGGUACUCCAAUCCACUGCCCUGCACAUUUAGGGCCCAUUCACAUAUAUCCAGAUUUUUUUUGUCUGAUUUUGUCAGGUUUUUGUCCUUAUUUAAGUCAUUUUUGGUCACCAAGCAAACAAAAUCAGAAACAAUCUCCAAGACGGACAGCUUUAUAAAACAAAGCUUACUGAAAAUGCUUACGGCCAAAAAACAUGCAGGGGUCUGGCUGAAUCUCAAAUACCUUCUUAGGCCCUAUAUAGUGAACUACAUAAGUCAAAUGACAACAAUGUCUACACAAAAAUAGCACUACAGGUGCUGGUCAACGAAUUAGAAUAAUUUGAAAUAGUGCUAUCAUGAAAUUCUUUGAAUGCAUUUUUUGUGUAGAAAGCAAAUCAGGUGUUCACCGCACCUGUCCUACUUGUUAGACUAAUCACAAAACUCGUUACCUGGAAAAAAAUUUGCUCAGCUGAGCUUUCCAAAAGGCCCAUUUAGGCCAUUUAACUGUGACUGUGGUGGAGGAGAACAUGCCAAGAUGCAUGAAAACUGUGUUUAAAAACCAGGAUUAUUCCACCAAAUAUUGAUUUUUGAACUCUCAAAACUUUAUGAAUAUGAAAUUGUUUUCUUUGCAUUAUUUGAGGUUUGAAAGCUCUGCAUCUUUUUUGUUAUUUCAUCCAUUUCAUUAUUAUGCUCUAAAUAAAGUGUUGUCGUAGUUUAAAGAAUAAAAUAACAUAAUGUAAAUUUUACUCAAACAUAUACCCAUAAAUAGCUAAAUCAGAGAAACUGAUUCAGAAACUAAAGUGGUCUCUUUAAUUUUUUUCAGAGCUGUAUAAAUAAAUGUAUUGCAUAGUACAUUACCUGGGGAGUAAUGUGCGUUUUGGAAUUAAACCUGUUUUCUUUGCGGUUUGUUGAUGUCUUUCUUUAUAGGGCUACCAUGUUCUUGCAAGUGUUUUCAUCCCUGGGUGGACAGAAAUAUAAAUAUAUAUAUAUUUCUAAUGUUUUAGGAGCAGGAAAAACUAAAACAUACACAAUGGGCCUGUAUGACCAGGUUUUAAAAAAUAAUGCUCUAAACAGGUUCAGUUUUGGACAAGGAUUAAGCCUAGUCUUAGAUUAUAUUUUCCUUAUAAUAAAAAAAUCCUUAUUCAAAAUGCAAUGUAGUCCAAGACUAGGCUUAAUCCCUGUCUUGGAACCGACCGAUGAAUUUAAGUCAGGAUUCGCCUUCAUCUUUUCCAUAAUGGACUCUUGAUCUGCUAGAAAGAAAUUCUGCGGCCACGCUGGCCCUUAUUGGUUAAGACUGUAGACCACUAGCUUUAUUGAUCUACUUGUAAGGGAAAUUGGUCAUAUUGCACAUGUUGUUUAGCUCUCAAACAUACUUGCUUAUACUUUAAAGCUGAUGUCCGUUUUGGGAUGAAGUUUUGGGAUUUGGGGGAUUUAGGGUCCUCUCUGGUAAGAAUUAGUAAUUGCACCGAGCAUGCGGAGAAUCAUUUUAAACUGGUCUUUCAGAGCGGAUGAAUCCGAUUCCAGGUUAUGUUUCAGGUCACGGAGCUCUCUCCGCUGUUUUAACGCCAAUCCACUAAUAAUCACGGUUUUAGCACGGACUCUAUCGCAUUCCUUUUUGGCUGCGGGGCUUGCUUCAUAUUUCUUUGGUUUUACUUUGGGUAAAUGAGCUACUGAGGUCUGAGUUUCCCCUUCUGAAGUCUCCAUUGCUCCACCAGCCGGUCGCGUUUAGUAAAACUGAGCCAGAUCCUCUUUUAGAGGCUGUACAUGUGACGGAAGCACGUAAAGACGUGGCCAGAAGAACUUCAGUGAAAAGCGGCCCAACACACCAGUUUAUAGAAUUAAUAUAUUAGGCUUAGCAGUGAUGGUCGUUCCAGCACACUGGUACAUCUUCUCCACUAAGAAAUGCUUCUUCUUUCAGUUUAGAAACAAAAUAAUACAGACUUCCACUUUAAAGGAGCUUGGCAACACCAAACAUGUUGGCUGACUAGCUACUUUUGGGGUAUGAAGUGUGGGUUGGGCUGUAAAUUUGAUUGGUUUAAAAUGUAUUUUGUGACUGCCAAAACUGCCAAAUGUGGUUUGACUGUAUUAAAUUAAAGUCCAUUAAUACCUCA